GCAGAACUCGCAGGAUAGCUAGCUGCCGAAUGUCCACCGCCAAUCAGUUUGCAACCAUCAUUCCAUCGUGAAGCUUUAUGUUUGUCGAGCUUGCUCUCCUGUCGUCAGUAUUGCAAACAUAGCACGGUUUGGUUCAUCACCAUAAUCAUCAUCGCCAUCAUCAUUAAUAUCAUUGCCUCCCAACACCAUCGCCAUCAUCGUUAUCGUUUUGUGCAUUGUGUAUUUCUGGCUCCGGGGUUCUCCGGGGUCUCGAUAACAGUGACUAUUAUCAGUGCUCGAUGUGUUGUAGUAUUUUGGCCUAGCACAGGAAAACCAGUGAAAUGACACGAGGACGACGGUGGUAACAUUUUUCGUCCUGGUCGUUCUGCCCGACAAAGGUUUCUCAUCAUUAUUUUGCGCUGUUUUAUCCUUUUUUACGCUUCAGUGGCUAUAAUCGAUAGCACAAAAAGUAACGCCAGGCUAUUGCAGGAUUCCUGGGCAAACACAAUCAUUGUGCACAUGUUUUGUGGUGGUUAUUGAAUUUUGAGUAUCAAGUGUUUUGGAAAAGAGUAUAUUCCUUUGAAAUGAUGUAACAAAAAUGGUUAGAUAUUAGGCAACAAGAGUGAGCGUUGAGCACAAGUGAAUUAAUCGAGCAAAAAGUGUGAAUUUUACCCAGGACCUACAGUGAUUGAGUUUUUGUAUUACCGACCCAAAUAAAACCGCAUAGAUUUACCACUCGCAAAAGUUUAUGGAGCAACCCAAAAAGAUGCUGUGAACACUGAAUGGAUUUUCUUAUGCAAACCGAGCAGCAGACAAUAACAGGAAAAUUGAUUCUAAGUUGUUUCCAGAGCUGGACGAUUAUUACGGCUUAGAAGACGAGCUGUGAUUCCCAUUUCUGUAAUCGACAUGGCAGCGUCAUUUGCAAACUGUUCCUACGCGCCUGAGGCAAACGUUGGCGACGCGACAUCCUUUAAUUACACAGACUGCACUGGAACCAGCGGAUUGGAUGAACGUGAAAAACGGACGACACGUGCUGGCAGUUUGACAAAUCACUCCCUGUUGGACCUGCUGGAAAAACAUAAUCGAUAUGAGGGAAUCAAUUUAACGCCUCCACCAAAAAGCUCCAGCGGUCGGCGACACUCAUCGGAUUCAUUUCCUAUGAUUGAGGAUGAAAACUAUCAAAUCCCACAGCGCCAAAUCAAGAAACCCCCUGGAUUGCAACUAGUUCCUCCUCCAGUGCCAAAACGAACCUUUCAGGGUAAGUUCACCCAAAGGCAGUCAGAAUCAUUCGAUAGUCAGAGCCACACAUCAAGUGUAAGACUAGAUGGCUACCACCAGCACCAAUCGAAAAGUUAUGCCCAAUACCGCCCGGACCGAAUCUGCCAGUCAGCUUUCGAAGAACAAACGUUUGGAUUCUUUGCACCAAGCAAACCCAAAACUAUCGGUUCCUGCCACACUAGUUUAAGCACGACAAGUUUCGAUGAUAUCGGAGACACGGAUGAUUACGUGAUUUUCAACAAGAAAAUGUCCUCAAUAGAAUCUAAUCGGUCAUCUAGUGAUUCUAAUAAAUCUCAAACCACUAUAGACACUGGUUACGUGUCAUCCAAUGAAAAUGAUAGAUCCAUAUUUACAACGGCCAGCUCCACUAAGGGCACCUUUCGAAGUCGUUUUUCGUCAGAAGACACCCAAUCUUCGUUGGACAGUUUUCUGUCGUCUGAACUGCACCGGACUGAUACAAUCGAUUCACUACAAAUGAACGAUUCCCCCUUUAGCCUAAAAAAGAAUAUUUUCAACUUUGACGUUAAAAGUGGUCAAAUAAGAACCUCCACAUCCAUGUCCCCAAACUCUAAUGAUGAAAAAAUGGACAUUAGUUCUCCACGAAGCAUCGAAAGCAAAAGUGCUCGAAGAUUGCCAAUGGUUCCAACGCGGAAACAGUCGAACGUUCCACCGAAAAUUCCACCACCCACUCGAGUAACACCUCCCGCCCUGCCAUCACGCUCUCAGCAAGCAUUCGAAUCGCGCCAAAUGCAAAAACGGCAACAGCAACAACAUCAACAGCUGAACAAUGCUCAAUUCAACCACAAAACCAGCCUGGAUAACGUUCAAGAGCUUUACAGUCGUCCAACCGGCUUUCGGCGCAACAUGCACAAGCCCCCACCAUUGAAUCAGGUGCAUCACUCCAAAGUCAAUCAACGACAAGACUCCAACAUAUCAAGCGACAGUUUUCCGGCUACUUUUAGCCCCAGCUACAGUAAUAAAAAUAUGGAGGCGCCUCUCUUGCAACACACCUCUAAAAUGAACCGUUCGACGAUGCGAAGUCACCAGCACAAGCAGUUGCUACAUCAACAGCAACAGCAGCAUCAGCAACCAAACCAGAAUACGUCCCUCAAUGCCACCCCACAGGAUAGCACCAAACAGCAGUCGAUUACGCAGCAAGAUAGCCUCAAUCCGGCAACCGUACGAUCCGUUCCACCAAGAGUUACCAUGCGGCAAGAUUCCAGCAUAUCGAGCGACAGUUUCAGCCAGACGUCAAGCCCCGGUUACAAUUCGAAAAUCAUGGAGGCACCGCUGCUGUCACAUGCAGCCAAAAUGCCCAAGGUAUCGAAACCGAUUGCCGUUCGUAACUUGGAAGAGGAAAUUGCCAAAGACUGUGCCGGAGACCAGAGCGGGUCGUCGGUGAUCAUCAAAAGUGCAUCAACGCCGGCCAGCUUGCAAACGAUUGUACGGUUGUCCAACGGGUCGAACGUUUCCCUGCAGGGAAAGAAGCUACAAAUAUUCAAAUCGCGUCGCAGUUCUGAGUCGUACCAUUCACGCCGCGAGCGUAUGAAGUUUCGAGCUUGCCAGAUCGCCGUCAAUGCCAUUCUGCUGAUUGGCCUGGCCAUCGGUCUGGCGUCGUAUCUGAGCAAAAAUCCCCCCAUCACGUACGUGAACCAAACCACUAUCGCACGCACCAUCAACAAUCGGCCGCCACCGGUGGAAACGACGAUGGCCCCCAAGAUGGAUCGCAAUCCGGCUCCCGGGGUGUGCUUGCCGGUAAUUGUCAAGUUCUGCCAGCAGCACAAGAUACCCUAUAACUAUACCGUGUUUCCAAACUACAUCGGACACUUUGGUCAACCGGAAGCUCAAAUGGAAAUUGAUCUUUUCGAGGCCCUGGUCGAUGUCCAAUGCUACGAGCUUGUUCCACUGUUCUUAUGUUCCCUGUUUGUGCCUAAAUGCGGUGCCACCGGAUCCACGGUGACACCUUGUAAAAGUCUAUGUACUGAAACUAUGCGUCGGUGUAGCUUCUUUUUCGACGUUUUCGGAUUGGAGUUGCCGGAAUAUUUGCACUGUCAACUGUUUAGCGACUCGAUUGACUCGAACCAGAAUGAGUGCGUCGGUAUGGCUGAGUACAAGGAAUCGAAAUUGCGAGAAAAACGCCCAGUCAGCUGUUCGGGAUUCUAUUGUGAUAAAGGACGCUGUAUACCAAGCGAUUGGAGGUGUGACGGACAUGUGGACUGUGCAGAUCAGACCGACGAGUCCCACUGUGAUGUUUGUGGAGAAAAUGCGAUUCAUUGUGGCGAAGGACGUUGCAUGGGUCAGAAGCAUGUUUGCGAUGGAGUACAGGAUUGUCCGUAUGGGCAGGAUGAAAGAAAUUGCAUUCGUUUAAGUGAACGCAACGGGGACUUGGGACGAGGAACUUUGGAGGUGUACAAAGCUAAUCUGAAACAGUGGGCUCCAGCAUGUGUGAAAAAUUGGGAUCCUGCGACCUCACCGACACUGAUUUGCUCAAUGCUUGGAUACAGCUCGGUGAAUUCGAGUCGUACAACCAUGCGUGGCUCCAAUAGAACAAUCGUCGGUUCAAAGGACGCAUCGUCAAUGUGGCGGAUGUAUCAAAAGAAGAACACGAACAUGCUUAAGGAAUUCAACAGCUGCGAUGUCAACUCGAGGUAUCCGGUGGCUGAGUUGACAUGCUCUAACUUUGCGUGUGGAAAAGUUCCGAACAAAAAGUAUCGCAAACCUCAAACUAGAAUCGUAGGUGGAAGCUAUUCAAAGCCUGGCGAUUGGCCGUUUAUUGCUGCCAUUCUCGGGGGACCGGAAGAAAUAUUCUACUGUGCAGGGGUUCUGAUUGCGGAUCAGUGGGUCCUAACGGCGUCGCAUUGCAUUGGAAACCAUACCACAGGAAAAAGAAGCAUCAACGAUUGGACCAUUCAGUUGGGUAUAACGAGACGCCACUCGCACGCUUACUACGGCCAGAAGGUUAAGGUCAAAAUGGUGAUUCCCCAUCCGCAGUACAAUCUAAAUAUUGCACAUGACAAUGAUAUUGCGCUUUUCCAGCUUGCCACUCGGGUUGCCUUCCACGAGCAUUUACUGCCGGUUUGUCUUCCACCACCGCACAUUCGUGAACUGAUGCCGGGAACCAACUGUACCGUGGUUGGAUGGGGCAAGCGAGAAGACAGCUCUCUUCCCAACGGAGUCACCUAUGAGCCAGCUUUGAACGAAGUCAACGUACCCAUACUGAACCGUGACCUGUGCAUCGAAUGGCUGGAGAAUCUGAACGUGACCGAGGGGAUGAUCUGUGCCGGCUAUCACGAGGGAGGGCGCGAUGCAUGCCAGGGCGACUCCGGGGGACCGCUGCUGUGCCCGUACCCGAACGAAAAGGAUCGAUGGUUCGUUGGCGGUAUCGUUUCGUGGGGUGUCCGGUGUGCUCAUCCCAAACUGCCCGGAGUGUACGCUAACGUGCCGAAAUUCAUACCUUGGAUAUUGGCUCAGAUCAACAACCACUCGGUGCUGCAGACGGACACAAUUGGUCGAUAAUUGGGAAUCAUUUGACGUGGUAUCGAUUUUCGGUUUGCUCCAACAACCCGAAACCCGAAGGAACAAAGGAAAAUCUCCGUCCUCCGGGAUGACAACGAGUGAGUGAGUGUUUGUUCGACAGGGUCCGAUAUGUCGUGUUGUAGGCCAGGUAGGACAAUAACGUUACACAGGUGAUAUAAUCAGCUCAAAUGCGUGCCCGUAAUAUAUUGAGGUAAUCAAUUACGUUACCCAUAUCAUAGUAAGAGACGUAUCAUGACAAUAACAAUGCUCCGAUUGAUUCACAAAUCGAUUAUGAAAGCCAUGAGGAUGAAAUUCUGAUGCCGACGUGCAAGCGAGGACAAUAAAAGAAGCUUAAACUAUGUGUGCGAUUUUUUAAACAAAAAGGUUCUCAAAAAACGUAAUUACCGUAAUUAAGCUGACAACACAUUUCAACCAGUGUAUGAGAAGUUUAUGGACAAUAAAUUUGAACCUGGAAAAUUGCAUCUG